CGAACACGGUGUAUCGGGAGUUGGAAAAUUCUCGACCGAAGCCCAACCGAAACACCAGUAGUCAACGUACUCCACAAUCAUAAUGGAUCACAGCGCACACCAUAUGGCUGCUGAGCCUGCAAGGUGCAAGAUGUGGAUGCUCUGGAAUACUCAAAUCAUCGACACAUGCGUCGUAUUUUCCCAAUGGCACAUCCGCUCUAACCUCCAAUUCUUCUUCUCCUUCCUCGCCAUCGUAGCACUGGGCAUGCUCUACGAGUACCUCCGCGUCUUCUCGAGGGACUUUGACAAGCGCAUUGGUGUGAAAUUGAGGAUCCGGAAUGGGCGUAGGACGCCGCCUACUGCGAGUGGAAGGAGCUCGCCUGAACGUCAUGGUGAUCACGCUGAGGAGACAGGCUUGUUGAAUGGGUCGAGGGUCACGAGGAAGCAGGGAUUCGCUGUUCCCCCUCUCUAUCGUGCCAUGCGUGCUGUGCUGUAUGGGGCCAGCGUUGGCUUGUCUUUCUUUUUGAUGCUUGUGUUCAUGACGUAUAAUGCAUACCUGAUUUUUGCAGUUAUCCUUGGUGCCGGGGCAGGACACUACAUCUUGAGCGAUACUAUUGAACCAAACGGCCCUGCUGACAAGGGGAUGGCAUGUCAUUGAUCUAUGUACAUGGGGAAAGCUACUAUCAACAUACUUAUUACUCCUGCUUACAUCGCUUCGAUUAGUCUCCAUGUCUUCCGUCAAGGUUCAGGUUCAACUACGGGAGACUAAUGAGGACACCGGUUCCUUCUACGUUUCAAUAUACCUCACUCACUCCAAAGGUGGAA